UAGGCCGUGCCGUUGCGGCCGCGGGGCGGGGUUGCCGCUUCCUCCCCGGCGGGGCCGAGGCCGAGGCACGGCCCAGGCGAGUCGCCCGCGGGGUGCGCCCGCCGCCCGCAGCAUGCACGGCGCCGCUAUCCCCGAGGACGUCUGCGGCCUCCUGGCAGAUGUCGACACGUUUAUUUCCCAGACCCUAAAAGGAGAAAGUUUGUCCAAGAAAGCAAAGGAGAAAAGGGAUAUUCUUCUUAAGAAGAUAAAAGAUGUUAAGGCAAGUUACCCUCAAGAAUUCCAGGAUAAAGAAUUGGAAGAUGAGGAAGAGUCAGAGAGCUCCUUUUCUUCACCUCCUGACAGUGCCUCAAUAGCAUCUGACCGAUGUGAUAAAGAGGAUGAAGCACAUUCUGAUGGGAAUCAGUUUCCUCCUAUUGCAGCUCAAGAUCUUCAGUUUGUUCUGAAGGCUGGAUAUCUGGAAAAACGCAGAAAAGACCACAGUUUUCUUGGCUUUGAAUGGCAGAAGCGUUGGUGUGCUAUCAGUAAGACGGUUUUCUACUAUUAUGGAAGUGACAAAGACAAACAACAGAAAGGUGAAUUUGCCUUAGAGGGCUACACCAUCAGAAUGAAUAAUAGCCUUCGGAAGGACGCAAAGAAAGAUUGCUGUUUUGAAAUCUCCGCUCCUGAUAAGCGCAUUUAUCAGUUUACAGCUGCCACUCCCAAAGAAGCAGAGGAAUGGGUACAGCAAGUGAAAUUUGUAAUUCAAGAUAUGGAAUCUAAUACUAUUCCUGAGGAAGAGGAGGAAUAUGAUGAUGUUGGACAUGCAAGCAGUGAGCCAAUAGAUGACAGCAUUUAUGAAGAACUUCCAGAAGAAAAUGCUCCUCCAAAGACUGAAAUGCCAAGGAAAUGGAGCCAGGAGAAAGUAGAUGCUGCAUCAGAUGGCAAAAAUACCGAUUAUGCCAAUUUCUAUCAGGGUCUGUGGGACUGCACCGGAGAUGUACCUGAUGAGCUGACAUUUAAGCGUGGUGAUGUUAUCUACAUUCUCAGCAAGGAGUACAAUAGAUUUGGCUGGUGGGUAGGAGAAAUGAAGGGAACCAUUGGCUUGGUGCCUAAAGCCUACAUAAUGGAGAUGUAUGAUAUUUGAGAGGCCUGGGAGAAGUCUGCGCUUGAAAUCAGGAGUGGUGUGCAGCUGCAGUUUACAGACCUGACCUCUGGAAGAUGAAGAUUCUGCCGUAUACAUUUUGUGGUUUCAGUGAAUGUGGUCAGAUUGUAGCCUUGUAUAUGUUAAAUGUUAAAAACAGCAAUUGAUCACAAUCCUGCGGAAAUGUUCUUGGUCCCUUUUUACAGGAUUGUACUGCUAGGAGAUGAAAUAGAUGGUAUUUAACAUAUGGGGCACAAGCAGUCACACAGCGCCUGUUGCUCUUAAGUGUAUUAGCAGCACUCUAUUGCUAUAGGCUUGUGUUCUAACCCACGCAGUUUGGCUCUGUGUUCCCAUUACUCAGAUUGAGAAAAAUGGAGCUGAACUUUGAAAGCAGAAAACUAUUGCUCAGUUCACGCGUACGUUAAUUGCUGGAGUAGUUCACAUUUUUGCGGUUUCUAUGAAAGUCAAAGGAAAUUUCUAUGUAAUAUUAUAAGUCUUAAGGUUGUUCUGCUUCCAAAUGUGUUUUUUUUUUGUUCAUUUACAUUCUUCAAUUUUUUACAUUUCAGCCGAUGAUUUAUUUUUCUUCUAUAUUUAGCAUUGUUAAUAUGAACCAGUUAGGUUACAACCAAAUGAAGACUUGGUUCUUGUGCUGAUGUACGUCAGUCUGUGUGGGGUAGCAUUCUGACUUGCUGAAUUACGAAUUAUUUUGGCAAAAAUAACGCAUUAGAACACUUUCUAGUAAGCCAACGUGAGCUGAAUUGCAGGUGAGAAUGAUUUUGUAGGUGGUGAUGGUGUAAUACUUUCAAAAUCUGACCUUGUAAAGGGCUGCUUGCAAUCUUUAAUGUCGCAUCCAGAACUCUGUAGCUAGGAGCAUCAGCUGAAGCAAACAGAAAGCCCCCUCUAAAAUACUCUCACUUGUGGACAAGGAGUUGGCUACGUCAGAGUUAAUGCUUGUUUGGGAGAUUUGCAUUGCUGUUAGCAUGCAGGAUCCUCUGUUCUGGAUCCUCCCACCCAGUAAUGUCUGAGGGCUGGGAGGGCGGCCUGAGUGCGCUGAGCCUGAGCAGCCCCUGCACUUCUCACAUGCGUGCACUUUGGCAGCCCUGUGUGCGUGUGGUUCGGAGGUAAUGCCGAGCUGAACUCAGGGGUAGUAACCAAUUCAUGGUACUUUCUGGUACACAGGAUCCUAAUAGGAGGCAAACAGGGUGUGGAAUUUUUUAAUUUUUUUUUUCUUUUUUUUUUU